AUGACUGAGGUCUCGUCCACCCGACUCUAUCUCGGGAAUCUCCCCCGCAAUGUGACUAAACAGGAUAUCGAGGAACAUUUCAGCACCCAUGGUUCCGGAAAGAUUACAGAGAUCAAGCUCAUGAAUGGCUUCGGUUUCAUCGAAUACGAGGAUGCGAUGGAUGCUAGAGAUGUUGUACCUGCCUUCCACGGCAGUGACUUCAAAGGCGAGCGCCUCACCGUGCAAUUUGCCCGUGGACCGCGCCGCAAGGAGAACUUUCCUGGCCCAAUGGACCGUCCCAACAUGCCUCGUCCGCGUCGCACGAUCUUUCGCAUGAUGGUUUCUGGACUCCCGGAAACAAGUUGGCAGGAUCUUAAAGACUUUGCGCGUCAGUCUGGCUUGGACGUGGUUUACUCUGAAACUGGCCGUGAACUCGGCAGAGGAUUCGUGGAAUUCGAGACCGCCAACGACCUGAAGACGGCCAUUGAGAAGCUGGACGGACGUGAAUUCAAAGGCUCUCGCGUAACUUGCAUUGCCGAUAUUCAAACUUACCCGGAUGAACGUGCCAUUCGUGACCCGUACCGAUCUCGGUCCCCUCGUCGGAGUUACCCGCCCAUGGAUGAGUAUGACCGGCGGUUCCCUGCGCCGCGUGGCUACAGCCCCCGGGCUCACUAUCGGGAACGCUCUCCCAUCCCAAUCCGGAGGGACUAUUAUGACCGGGAUGGAUACGGACGCCGCACUCCUCCUCGUCCUCGGAUGGAAGACUACCCUCCCCCGCGUCGUCCCUACGAUGACCCCUACGAUGUCCGCCCACCCCCACCACCUCGCCAUUAUGAUGACCCGUACGCCCCCCCUCGCCCUUAUGGACGGCCUCGUAGUCCGCCUCGGGGCGAAUACAUGCCUUACGACCGCCGCGGAUACUGGUAG